CAUUGUAAGGGAUAUUUGGUGAUUCUGUAGGCUGCAAGGCAGACAAACAAUCAUUCAAAGUUCACUGAUACACACGUCAUCUCACAGUGUUAAUGCUCUCAAUUUCCUUCCUGAUCUACUUCACACUGCUCCUCUAAGCUAGAAGGUCAUGGCUUCCGAGACUUCUGUGAAAAUGCUUCUGACAGAUCUUACAUUCAGAGAUUGCAUGGAGGAAGGAGAGUCUGGUAAAGAUCUCCAAAGAAAAUGUCUGGCAGUUCUAUCUCCUUUAACACUUGCCAAGGUUUCUUGUUACCUUUUCAUCAUUGCAGUCUCGACUGCAGGUGUGGUUGCACUUUCUACUGUUCUGUCAGUGAGACAGGAAAAGGUGGUCUCAGAGCCCACUCUGUAUGCUGUCUGCCCAAAAAGCUGGAUUGGAUUUGGAAGUAAAUGUUUUUAUUUUUCUGAAGACACAAAGAAUUGGACUGUCAGUCAAGCCUUCUGUGCUUCCUUAGAAGCCAACCUCGCUCAAUUUGAAACUCUGGAGGAAUUGAAUUUCCUGAAAAGAUUCAAAGGCCCCUCUGACCAUUGGAUUGGCCUUAGCCGAGAAUCAGCACAGGACAUUUGGAAGUGGACAGACAACACUGAAUACACCCUCUCGUUUGCUAUUGGAGAAGAUGGAGAACGUGCCUAUCUGAAUGACAAUGGAAUCAGUAGUGCCAGGACCUACACAGAUAGGAAAUGGAUUUGUAGCAAGCCAAACAGUUAUGUAAACAAAUGCCAAAAUAGAAGACCUUAAUAGAAUUUUCCAGGGGGAUUCAUUGUAAGUUGUUACAUAAUUGUAUAAAAUUUUAUUUUACAUAUUUUAAGGUUAUGUUAUUAGAUGCAUGCAAGUAUAUUUCAUUUU